AGUUAAACGGUUAAAUACUUAAACCCUAUCUUCCUCCACACCUCUCUCUACCCAUCGGCUAGAACUUUCUAGAAACUUCUAGUCGCCUCGCGCGCGCCACGCUGCUCCAGAUGGCGCGCCUCCACCACUUUCUCUCCCGCGCGCUCACCUCCCACCACGGCCUCCCGCCGUCUCCGACCACCUCCACGCUCCGCCCCCAUCCGCUCCGCACGUCCGCGCGGCCGCCUCUCCCUCCCCUUUCGCCGCCGCAUUCUUCACCUCCCUAUGGCCGUACCCUGCUCCCCUUCGUCCUCGCUGCCACCUCGCGGCACUACGCGUCGUCGACGCCCGGACGGCGAAGGCGCUCGUCGUCGCCGCCGAUGCUGCUGAGGCGGAGGAGGGCGAGGAGGCCGACGCGGAAGGGCCCCGGCGAGCUCAGCGUGCAAAUUGGAAUCGAGGAGGCCCUGCCCGACGACCCAGAAAUCCUGAGCAUUGCGGAGACGCUCCAAACUGAUGUUGGGAAGGCAAUGAAGGUGGCCUUCGAUGGCCUUGAAGGCUCGGAAUACAAGACCAGAGAUCCUUGUAUAAGCAAUGUGAACAAGUACUACAGCAUUGAAACCUCUCUGCUGCUUUGUGAUGAUAAUUUCAUCAAGAAACUGAACAAGGAAUGGAGGGAUGAGGAUCGCGCUACUGAUGUUCUGUCGAUGUCACAGCAUAUCCCAGGGCUUGAUAUUCCCAUUCUGCAGUUGGGUGAUAUAGUAAUUUCUGUUGAAACAGCCCGGCGGCAAGCAGAAGAAAGAGGCCACCCACUUCUUGAUGAGAUAAGAAUUCUCAUGGUGCAUGGAUUAUUGCACUUAUUGGGAUUUGAUCAUGAACUUAGCAAAGAGGCUGAAGAAGAAAUGGAGAAGGAAGAAGAACGCAUACUAAAUACUCUUGAGUGGAAAGGAAAAGGAUUGAUUAAGAGUGCAUAUGAUGUUGCCACCGAUGUGGGACAUUCAGAAAUUUCUGUUGAGGCCAACAGCGAUGUAGAGAAAAUGACCCUACAAGAGGAUCGUCAGCCAAAACUAAGCCAUAUCAUAUGUGACAUAGAUGGUACUCUUGUGGAUGAAGGACACCUGCAUGAAGAAUCAAUGGAAUCUUUGAGAGAGGCAAUUUCAAGGGGAGUAAACGUUAUCAUGGUUACUGGAAAGAGUCGGGCUUCGACCAUUAGAACCCUCAAGCUUCUUGAUUUCCGUGGAAAAUGCGAUUUUGUAUCAGAGGCUUCACCUGGUGUAUUUUUACAGGGCUCACUUGUCUAUGGAAGGCAUGGCCAGGAAAUUUAUAGAGCAAACUUGGAUGUGGAUAUCUGCAAGGAGGCAGUUUUGUACUCCUUGAAGCAUAAAAUUCCUCUUGUUGCAUACUGUGGGGAACAAUGUUUGACCUUGUUUGAACAUCCUUUUGUUGACAUGCUGCACACUGUGCAUCAUGAGACCAAGGUAAAAGUGAUGCAUUCAAUUGAGGACCUUUUGGAAUAUUCAUCUAUUCAGAAGUUGCUUCUCUUCGACAGCGCUGAAGAGGAUUCAUCUGUCCUGAGGCAGGAUUGUUCAGAACUAACAGAAGGGAAAGCACGUGUUAUCAAAAUGCAGCCAAAUACAAUUGAUAUCGUUCCCCUCAAUGCGUCAAAGGGUGGUGGUAUAAGAAUUAUACUUGAUCACCUCGGGAUAACAGGAGACUGUGAUCUUGAUGCUGUUGGAGACUAUACCGGGUGGCUGAGCAAUAAGCGAUCCAACUGACAUCAUUACUGGAUUAUUCUUACUUAAAAGAAUGAUGGUAGAGAGCUUUAGAUACUAGAAGAGACACGUGCAUACGUCAUAGAGAAAAAACGAGGAUCUGUCCAAUCUGCGCACGUGCAUAUAUUUACAUAUAGUCGAGGUUAUUCUGUACCUAUGUGCAGUUGCUAUUCACACUGUGUAUAUUUCUCAGUUAUAAUCCGAAAUACUGUUAGUUAUAAUUUAUUAGGUAGAUUAGUUACAACUUCACGUCCAGAAAUAUAUAAUUGUAACACGAGAAGCUAACAUUGUGAGUUACAACUUGUUAUUCGUAUUGCGCA